AGUGUUGCCACCUUGUGAUGGUUUUAAUGCCAGUGUCAAAGCAGAGUUGCUGCUGUGCAAACUUCAGAUGCUUGUGGUUUAAAUUAGUUAUUCUCCCUUCCAGCAACACCACCUCCCACCUGAACACACUGAGCAGAGACAUCACCAAGGCUCCACAUCGCUGUUGAGAGGCUUCAGCUCUUACCCACUCAAGAUGAAAUCAGACACAAGAACCUCCUGAGGUAAGGGGUGGUUUAAGACUCAUACCCCAUGUUGGAUGUCCCCCCAGCAGAAAUCAUGGCAGGCAUUUCCUGGACUGAAGGAGUCUCCAAUGAGACAGGUGCCAAUUCCAGUGCAGAAUUCCAUUUGGAAGCAGACUUCCAGUAUUCCUUGUUUACUGUCAUCUACAGCUUCGUCUUCGUGCUGGGUCUGAUAGAGAAUGUGUUGGCUCUGUACCUGCUGUCCUGCAGGGCAAAGCACACUUCCCGUUCCUAUGUGUACAUGAUUAAUCUAGUUCUGGUGGACACCUUGUUUGUGUGUGUGUUGCCUUUCAAAAUUCAUUACCACCUGAAUGGGAACAACUGGAUCUUUGGGGACAUAGCCUGUAGGAUAACUGGGACUCUGUACUACAUCAACAUCUGCCUCAGCAUCGCCUUUUUCACCUGCAUCUGCGUGGACCGCUACAUCGCGGUGUUGCACCCCUUCACCUACAUCCACAUCAGGGUCAUCCAUUACGUGGUGGUGGUCACAGUGCUCUGGGUGGUCGCUCUGAGCAUCAUGGUCCCACUCAUCCUCGGAGGUCCCCUCCACAGCAGGGGUGUGGGGAACACAGUAGUAUGUUUUGAGAACUUUGCCACCAGCAGCUGGACUUCCCGCAUGACAACUUACAACAUCCUGGCCUUGGUGUUCGGGUUUGUGAUCCCAUUUUCCAUCAUUCUGAUCAGCUACCCUCUCAUUGCCAAGAGGAUCUCCUGCAUCAAAAGCAGCAUUCACAAGAGGAAGGCCCUGAGCACCAUCUACAUCAUCCUGGUCAUUUGUACUUUGUGCUUUCUCCCCUAUCACCUCACUCACCUGCUCCACUUCCUGAUGAGAACCCAGGUCAUCCAGAACAAGGCAUUUGCCAACUUGAUCUACAAGAUGCGGAAGGUCACCCUGGCCCUGGUGAGCUUCAACUGCUGCCUUAACCCACUCCUGUACUACUUCAACUCCUCUAGCAGGCAGUGGCACUUCAACUUCAAGCUCAGAUCCAGGCCUCAAGUGGUGUUUACCAUCUGUGACCAGAAACUUGGGGAGUUCUCCUAUGUUUAUAAACUGCAUCAGAGAGACGGAGAUGGAAAAUAGAGAUGGAAUCAACUGAGCUGCUUGCACCACACACAGCUUCUGAGAACUGCUGCGUUUUUUCCACCCUGUGAGACUGUGGAGAGAAUUUAUCAUGUGGGGGUUUCAGAAGCACCAGGAACCCACUGGCCAGGCUGAUAAACUGCUUAACAGCCAACAAGAUUCUGAAGAUGAUGUUGAUUUGGUAACAGAUACAGACUGUGUGCUCUGUUCCUUCCCACGCCACUCCCAGCUCUAUGAAGUGUGUGUAUGUACUGACUGCUGAGCGGAGGACUGCAAAGGGAAGGUGGCCUAGGGCCUGCUGACCAGGGCAGGAGGAGGGCCUAGCUCUGGCAACGGGCUGAAUCCGUGUUUCCAUUUCCAAAUGUGCAGACUGCAGGUUGAAGGUGACACUUGGACCUGUGAAUGUCACAACAAGCGUUGGGGUUCGUGGGUUAUGCUGUGUUAUUGGAACAGGAACUGCUGUGGACCUUAAAGGAGGGAGGGAGUGGGAUCAUGGGGCAGAAUGGUGUGGGGAGAUCAGUGAUUGUAUGUGUCUACAUGAUGUUGUAACUUCUCUUUCCACAACGGUUGCUCUGCCCAUUCUCUGAUGGCAGCUGCUACUCUGCUUCAGGUCAGAGGUAAGAGGGUUGGAAAAUAAGCAGCACGGGUGUAGGGGUAUGUUGGGGUCUUGGGUGAUGGGAAACCAUCCAUGCACGAUGGUGGUAGGCCAAGGGUCUUGCAUUUGGAGACUGUAUUGAUCAGCUAAAGCUGAUCACUGAACCACUUCAGCAAUAGAAGAUGGAUGCAGCGAGCAACCCAAGAACAGAUGUGAAAUCACUGUAAUAGAGCUAAAGCUUUGUAACAAAUGGCUUUUGUGGAUGCAUUUGUUGGGAUGGGCCUGACUUGCAUUAGUUAUGAGUUACUGCUACCUGCAGUUUGAAUCCCAUAGAGUGGGUCUGUGUUUAAUGAUGGGUCAGUGACUGACCUCCCCCUUCCCAUGCUCUGCUUUUAGCCUGCAGGAGUUAUUAAGUAUCAGUAGCAAACCUGCUCAAGCUCUUCUAAAAAGCUGAGGAUUCCUGAGUUCCUGUGCUUGAUGGGGUUGGUAAGACAAGUGCAAAUCCCGGCACUUGGAAAUGGAGCCGAGGAACGCCUCCAUGGGAGUAUUAGAACAAACUAAUCCUUUACCUUUCAUGAGAGACUGCUAUUUUUGUCCCAUUUAUAGGCUAUGGAGAAGCCUCCCAGCACUGGAGGGACUGUUCCUUCCACCUAAGCACAAUCUUUAUGUUCUGCACAAAGGCAAAAACUAAUUCUGAGCCUCCAUCCAGAAGUGCAGCUUUCCUGCAGGCUGGCAGCUGCCAUGGAGGGAAGUAUGGGUAAGGAAAUGUUACACUGCUGGGUAAAGAGCAGGGUUAGGGGGUUAUUCUCUUGCCUCCAUUAUAGGGUGCAUGUUAGUUGUGAUGCUUUGAAAGCUCCUUGUUUCACUGCUGAGGGUUU